CCAUUUUUCUUUGCUUUUGAGGGCUGGCUUAGCUCUUUUCCUUCAGCGGCACAUUCGAUAACACUGUAAACGCCUACAAAGAUUGCUACUUUUGAAUUCUGGAUAGUCUUUUUCGAUAGACUCUUCAAGAGUUUUGACCGAUUUCCGAGUGCUGUUCUUCAAUUGGUGGAUACUUGUGCUUCGAAUGCAGUUUGCAUGUUGUCUGAUUGAACUGUUUUGGGUCCAAGAAGAUUUGGCACGGUUGAUGAAAGAAGAAAGACAGUUCUGGUAAAAGGGUUUUAGCCAAGGAAGAGAAUGUCAUAUCUAUAUAUUAUUACAGGUAAUAGAUAGAUACAUGUCUGUUUGAGUUUCUUUCUUUCAUUCGUAGCAAUUUGCUAUGUUUAUUAGAAGAAUCAGAUAUAGAGAAUCCUGUGUGUCAGAAAUGACCUGCAGAUUUAAUGGUUUGUUCUUCUCUAAUUUUGUAUCUAAUAAGAACCCAUGUUCCAUUAAGCCUAAUGUUGUACAUCUCAAACUUCGAUCAUUUGCUAGUUUUGAAUCCGAAGAAGAAUACGAAUCUACUUCCCACAUUAGUCGAAUUUCUCGGGUUGCAAGAACGGAUGCCCAAGAGGCAUUGUUUGAUUAUUUGCAUUGCACCAGGGGUUUCCACUUCACUGAUGCUGACCAUAUCAGCAAAAAUUCUCCUCAUUUUCUUCAUUGGCUAAUCUCUUCAGUUGAAAAUGAGCAAGAUGUGUCGAGAGCUUUGCCUAAGUUUUUCAGGUAUAAUCCCAUUAAUGAGUUUGAACCUUUUCUUGAAAGCUUAGGUUUACACCCAUCUGAACUUGAUUCACUUCUUCCUCGUAAUUUGAUGUUCUUGCAUGAUGAUGAACUUCUUCUCGAUAAUUUUCAUGCCCUUUGUGCUUAUGGAAUUCCCCGAAUUAAGAUUGGUAGAAUGUAUAAAGAGGCAAGUGAAAUAUUUAGGUAUGAUUAUGGGACAUUAAGUUUGAAGCUCAAGUCUUAUGAACAAUUAGGUUUACACAAAUCAACUGUCAUAAAGCUGGUAGCUUGUUGUCCUCCCCUUUUGAUUGGUCAUUUGAACAAAGAUUUUGUGGGUGUUCAUGAAAAGUUAACUGAAAUUGGUCUUGGAAAUGAUUGGAUUGGCAGUUAUUUAUCUGGGAAAAAAACCUACAAUUGGAGAAGAAUGCUUGACUUGAUCCGUUUUCUCAGUGUAGCCGGCUACAGUGGUUUGCAGAUGCGAACCAUAUUUGAGGAAACCCCUGCAAUAUUGUUCGAAAAUCCUGGGAAAGGAACGUUCGAUCUUGUGGGGAGGUUGCUAAAAUUAGGUCUAGAGUUGAAUUCAAUUUACAAGUUGUUGUUAACAAACCCUCAAAUAUUGUCAGCAAAAUUCUCUAACAAUAUUUGGGAUGCCAUUUCGUUUCUGUUCGACAUUAGAAUGGAUGGGAAAGAUAUUGUCAAUAUCGUCGCAUCUAACACCGAGUUAUUGGGUGCACACACUUUAAACAGACCUAAAACUGUGUUGAGGAAAGCGAAAGUGAAGAAAGAAGUUCUGUGCCAAAUGAUAAUUGACGACCCUCUUAAGUUACUUCAUCUAGCAUCAACAAAUCACGCCAAUGGAUUUUCGUCCUCAUCUCCGACAAACCCGAGUAAGUUUCUCGAUAAAACAACGUUUUUAUUAAAGAUAGGAUACUUGGAGAAUUCGGAUGAGAUGAUGAAAGCAUUGAAGCAGUUUCGAGGUAGAGGAGAUCAGUUGCAGGAGAGAUUUGAUUGUCUUGUGAAUGCUGGUUUGGAUUAUAAUCUUGUAUCGAGUAUGAUUAGACAAGCCCCUACUGUUCUAAAUUUGUCGAAAGAUGUUCUUGAGAAGAAGAUUGAUUACUUGAUAAACCGGCUAGGUUAUCCGUUAGACGCACUUGUUGCAUUUCCGUCGUACUUGUGUUAUGAUAUGCAGAGAAUUACGGUUAGAGUCACGAUGUAUUUAUGGCUGAGGGAGCGAGGCAAGGCGAAGCCGAUGCUCUCAUUGAGCACUAUACUUGCAUGUUCGGAUUUGCGGUUCGAGAAAUACUUUGUUAACAUAGAUCCUCAAGGUCCAGCAAAAUGGGAAGGUUUAAGAAAAUUGUUGAUUUCAUAGUUAAAUGCAAUUUUGUUUUGAUAAAUUAUUAUAUGAAGAGAUAUUUUAUAUAUCAUU